AUGAAGCUCGUGCACUGCUCCCCCUUGUCCCCCAUCCUUCUCCUUACACUACCAUUCGCGGGGGCAAAGCAAAAGAUCAGUCUCCAAUGGGCCAUCUGUGACUCCGAUCCGCAGGAAACGCUCGUGAAGCUCGGCCUCAGUUCGACGACGCCGCCGUACAAAGAGAACCCCAUCACGUACUACGACGAGCAGCCCCCCGUCCAUAUACACUCGGGCAUCAUGUUUCGAACCAAGACCAACAAAGGCCGGCCGCUGUCCACCAUCAAAGUCCGCUUCGACAAAGAAACCUCCAACGUGCCAGGAUUUGUGACCUGCGGAUGGGAUCGCUACGGCUACAACUCACCCGCGUACAGCUGCGAGAAACGCUGUCCCCUGGACCCCGCGGCGCCGGAGGAAAUCUGGCAUCGGGAGCAGGUGGAAUUCGCCGAACGCUACCAAGAUAUCAACUGGACUGCACUGACCGCGUACGGGCCUUACCCAAAUGCCAAGUGGAAGGUGCGCAUCAACGGGCACAAGGCCAAGUUUGACGACGUGGUGGCCGAGGGGCUGCAUCUCAUGGAGAUCGAGACCAAGGUGCCCGAGGCGAAAGCCCACGACUUUCUGGAAGCGACGAUGCGCUAUCUGCGGGAUCGUGGAGUUGCCCUUUGCCGCCUCCAGGAGGGGAAGACUAUGCGACUGUUUCGGGCCAUGGGACUUGCCGGCGAGGACGAGCUUUGA